CAGUCAGUCUUGGCAGCUCCAGCCCCACAACACAGAACAGGAAAGUUGGGAAAACAGGACCCCUCUCCCCGCGGUUGUCUGGGUCUACCCUUAUGACCUUAGGUAAUCUCUGAGUUUCUCUGAGCCUUGUUUGCUCAUCUGGAAAAGGGGAAUUAAAUCAUUUAUUUACCUCAUGGAGUUGUGAAAGAGGAAAUAGUUGCAAAGCAUCUAACACAUAGUAAGGUUCUCAAUGAAGCUACUUUUCCUGGAUUGAGUCCAGCUACCCAAGUCCCCUGUAGCUUGGAGAAACUCAGGUGGAAGGAUGACCUCCUUAAAAGAUAACUCAUCUCUCAAUAUGCAAGCUGCCUCACAAAAAGGGUGGGGGAACAGGUCAUCAAAGGCUGAUGGGAGCUCCUGGUGUUGAUAGAGAUGGAACUUGGACUUGGAGGCCCUACUGCACUGCCCCACUGCUCCCGGCCUAAGUGGCAGCCCGCCCUGUGGCGGACCUUGACCGCUCUGGUCCUGCUGAGUAGCGUCACGGAGGCCUCCCUGGACCCCAAGCCCCCCAGUUCGACCACCCGCGAAGACCCCGCGCCAGUCCUGGCGCCGCCCACCCGCCACCUCCCGGGGCAACUCACGGCCCGUUUGUGCAGCGGAAGAGCCCGGCGGACACAGCCACAGCCUCCCCAACCGGUACCCCCGCCGCCCGCGCCCCCACCCCCACCCGUGUCCCCGCCUGCUGCGCCCCGCGGUGUCCGCGCGGCGCGUGCUGGGAUCCGGGGCAGCCGCACGGGGGCCACGGGCACGCGGAGCUGCCGCCUGCGUUCGCAGCUGGUGCCGGUUCAUGCUCUCGGUCUGGGCCACAGAUCUGAUGAACUGGUGCGUUUCCGUUUCUGCAGCGGCUCCUGUCGCCGCGCUCGCACCCCGCAUGACCUUAGCCUGGCCAGCCUGCUAGACACUGGGGCCCUGAAGCCGCCCCCCGGCUCCCGGCCAGUCAGCCAGCCCUGCUGUCGGCCUACUCGCUAUGAGGCAGUCUCGUUCAUGGACGUCAACAGCACCUGGAGGACCGUGGACCACCUCUCAGCCACUGCCUGUGGCUGCCUAGGCUGAGGGAUCUCUCCAAGGCUUUGCACAUCCUUACUCGCGCAUCUUGAUGCCUCGGACCUCCCCGCCGGGCCCCAUUAGCCAGGGCCUCAGCCAGAGAUGGAGACCUCAGAGCUGAGUUGCCAAGCCCCAUCAGAGAUAACAAACAUUGGCUCUGGAGAAAUGGAGGGACUAUUCACCAGCAGCCUCAAGGGGUUUAUAUGGACACCAGAGACUUCAGCCAUGGAGACAUUAGGAACCACUUCUCACACACUGGCACUGGCCAGGCAGAAGUCCUGGGACCUCCUCCUCUAGAGACUCCAGAAAUGGCCCAGGUGGGGCAGAAUUUGGAGGAGUCACAUUGCAGUUGCAUGACUGAAUGCACCUGUGUUGGAGUUGGCCUUGAACUCACUCCUGGGCACUGAACCCCUAUUUAUUAUUUCUAACUUAUU